AUGUCAACUCUUCAGAUGUCUUGUGUGGAUUUGGAGCAAGGAAUUCAUCAUCACCACCGUUCUGUGACUGGCAGUGACAUGAGCAUGUGCUUUUCUGAUGCUGAGAAUGGUUCUUGCUAUUCCCAUUUCUAUUCAACAAAUGGUGACACUUAUGAUGAUUAUAGCUUUGCUUGUGUUUCUGAUUCUGAGGAUGAGGGUGCUGGUGAUUUUAGGAGGGAUUCGUCUGUUACUGAUUGUUCUGUGGAGGUGGAAAUUGAAAGUAGGGUUCCUGAAAUUAAGGUGCAUUUGGCCAAAGUGGAGAAGGAUUGUAGGAUUUGUCACCUGGGUUUGGAAAGCGAUAGUCAAGAUUGUGGAGUUCCCAUUGAAUUGGGUUGUUCUUGCAAGGGUGAUUUAGGUACUGCUCACAAGAAUUGUGCUGAGGCUUGGUUCAAGAUUAAGGGGAACAGGACAUGUGAAAUAUGUCAUUCUGUGGCACUGAACGUUUAUGGGGCAAACGAGGAUACAUCACAGAGUUUGAGUGAUAGCAACAAUGGUAUUGCCAUAGCAUCCACAAUCACAACACAAACCCAAUCUCCAGAUACUCGAAGAUUUUGGCAGGGCCAUCGCUUCCUCAAUUUUCUGCUUGCUUGUAUAGUUUUUGCAUUUGUCAUAUCCUGGCUUUUUCACUUCAACAUGCCCUCAUCGUAA